CGUUGAGCAUCAAACUGUUGUACACACUUUUAAGACAGUAAAACGAUAAACCAGUUUUACACGAAACAACGACAAUUUAUUUAAUAGCGUAAUUCCGUUUGACCAACAAGUAACCAGCUGACUGAUCACGUGGAUUUGUCACCUGAUUGUGUGGUUUUAAUUUUUCACGUGAGUGGGUGGAAACUGCGCAUUUUUAUUGAAAUCCGUGGUAUGGAGGUCGAGUUCAGCAUAUUUGCGUUUAAAGUAAAGGACACAUGAAUGCAUACUCCAAUUCAUCCUGCUUCAGUCAUCAAGACCAUGAUUGAGCUUGUAGAUUGUGCUGUGGAUACGGCCUGUGCAGUUCCGGAAGAAAGUCACUGUCUCGGACUUUGCGGUCUGACAAUACAGACAACCAUUCCAGAAGAGCUAAAUAAUCAUAUCUUCAAGUCAGCCCAAUAUUUGAAACGUGUACGUACACUAGCAUAAUUAUGAACAUCUGUACUACAAAUAUAAAUAUUGUGUAAAUAUUGGAUAUCAAAUAUAUUGUUCCUGCUCAAGUUCUUGCCAAUGUAACAUUGGCGUAAAAAAUAAUAUUGAAAAUGGAAAAAAGGUUAAAGACGAAAGAGGCCCAGAACUGGUUUAAAUGUAUGAUUGCAACAUAUACGACCAGGGACGUUAUUGCACAAUUAGCCGAUCUCGGAUUUAAUGCAUUUUACACGGAUAUACGAAAGGAUAUGCUUGCAAAAUACGGUAUACUUGAAACAACGACGUGUAGUUCGUGUAGUGAUCCCUCCAAACAGUGCCGCCUGUGUUCAGAAAUAGGUAAUCGUAUUUGGAAGUACCAUCGUUUUAAACGAACACAUUUGAAAGGCCCAUCGUGGACCAAUACUGACAUGACAAAAUGGUGCAGUGAUUCAUGGGAGUUAGCGAAAUGUUACAUGCCUCCCACGGGUUACAAGGAUAAACCAAGUGCUGAAAAAACAGAUUUCAAUGGGAUAAUAGGUGCUUUAUUCAACUGUACCUGGAUGCAGAAUUACUUUACAGAUGAUCUUAGCCAGAUUUCUAAUAUCUGCAUUAAGGCGCGAGAAGAAGUUAAUGCACUACGGCACAUACAUGACACAAACAUAGAUGAAGGAGAAAUGAUCAGCCUCUUCGAUUGUCUUUUAAAUCUUCUUAAUGACCCUGCAUACCUGAACAGCUUUAAACCGGCAGUGGAAGCAAGAACACACCUAACUCAGCUUCAGAACGAUAAACUGCUAUUGUCCGAGCAGGUGGUAAAUGACACGUUGACAAAAUGCUACGAUUACCAAAAGCAAGAGUUUCGCGGAGAUUUAAAACGAUUCUAUACAACGACGAAAAAUACUGUGUCUGUUUCACCACUACGUCAGGGUCAUGACAAACCUAUCUGGGAUAUCGUUGUGUCACCGAAAUUAAGCCAUAUAAAACUAAAAAAAGAUGGUUCUCGAAAAAAAACGAAAAACGCAAUACAAUAA